UGCUGCGGCUGUGAUGCUGUGACGUAGAAUACUAACGCUCACAACAACAAAGGAUGGCUCGGUAAAGUUUACACCACUCAUUUGGGCCCAUUCCGCCGUAUAAUCACGUCGGUAUCCGCAGUUUGCUCCACAAUCAGAGUCGCACUGAACCCAUGCAGCGACCGUGGAGGUGACCGCAUGAAUGAAAAGCCACUGCAGUUAGAGUUUGAAGCUCAGUUUCACUGUUAUCAAAAUGAUUCGAAUAGCAGCAUUAAAUGCAGCCUCGACAGCGGCUGAUGAGUCACAAGACCCCCAGAGAAGUCGCAAGAGUCAAACGAAGGAGGCGCAGGAAGCCGAAGCGUUUUCUUUGUACCACAAAGCUUUAGAUCUUCAGAAGCACGACAAGUUUGACGAGUCUGCCAAAGCAUAUCAUGAGCUCCUCAAGACACCGUUACUUAAAGAGGCCAAGCCCUCCGAGGACCAGCGGGUGGGGACCAAGCAUCCUGGGCUGAUGCUGAAGUACUCCACCUUUAAAAACCUGGCCAGCCUGACUGCUUUGCGGGACGAUCUGGAGACGGCUAUGGAGUUUUACCUGGAGGCCGUGAUGCUGGACUCCACCGACGUCAACAUGUGGUACAAGAUUGGGCAGGUGGCCGUGCAGCUGGUGCGCAUCCCGCUGGCGCGGCAUGCCUUCGAGGAGGGCCUUCACUGCAACCCGGACCACUGGCCCUGCCUGGACAACCUCAUCACAAUGCUGUACACGCUCAGCGACUACACCUAUUGCCUGUAUUUCAUCUCCAAAGCGCUGGAGAAGGACCACUGCUACACUAAAGGCUUGGUGCUGAAGGAGAAGAUCUUUGAGGAGCAGCCUUGUCUGAAGAGGGACACCAUGCAGAUGUUCACCAAAUGUGACAUGUCUGUCCACUACGUAUCGGUGGAAGAGGAGGAGAGCCUCUCUCUGGUGCAGGAGGCCCUGGAGCUACGGAAGCGUAGACAGGCCCUGUCCCACCGGGAGCCGAAGCCUGACCUGCUCCUCGUCCAGCCCAUAAACUGCUUCUCGUGGAAGAACCUGGGCGAGUGCCUCCUCGCCAUGUACCGGCACCAGACCACGUGUGAACCGCCACAGCCCAGCCUGGGUCGCCGGGUGGACCUGUCGGAGUACCGCGACCCCGACUGCCUCAAUAAGCGGCCUCGGCCCUGCAGCCCUGUGGCCCGCCGCCAAAGUGCCGUGGCCCCCGGCCUGAGCACCGUGGCCCCCGGCCUGAGCACCGUUCCCAGCAGCCCCAGCUCCUCCCUGCCCUCCGUGGCUCUGCCGGAGACGCCCGCCGCGCCCCAACCGGCCCUGGCCUCGCCGGCGCUGGCCCCUCUGGCCCCUCUGGCCCCUCUGGCCCCUCUGGCCCCGCCCUGCUCGGUGCCGGAGCCGACCCCCAGCCACGCCACUGUGGAGGUCACCACCACCGCCGCCGUGGCCACCACCCCUCCAGCCAUGGAGCCCUCCCUGGCGGAAAAGGCGAAGAAACCCCCCAAGAGGAAGCGCACCAUCGAGGACAGCGGCGAGACGGCAAAGCGGCGCUCAGCGCGCGUCCGCAACACCAAGUGCAAGAAGGAGGAGAAGAUCGACUUCCAGGAGCUGCUCUUCAAGUACCUGCCCUCGAGGCUCCGGAAGUUCGACCCCGAGGACGACGACGAGAGCCUGAGCAACAUGGAGACCCAGAGCGACACGCAGGCCGACGCCCAGCUUCUCCACGGCAGCGGCCUGUCAACGGCGGAUCUCAUCGAGUACAUGGAAUCCGAGCAAGACGACGUCCACAAGUUCCUCCUCUCCAGCAUGAGCAACGGGGGGGUGCUGGACCUGAUGCUGCGCUACCUGAAGGCUGUUGGGCAGAAGUACCUGGAGGCCUGGCCCCGGGGCCUGGCCCCCGUGGUCCUCCAGGUCCACCAGACCUGGCGGAGGCACAGCGGGGGCCUGCCCAACCCGCUGCUCCGGGACUGCAGCAACCAGCACAUCCGGGAAAUGUUGGACAUGAGCUUAGCGGGUAUGGAGCUACACCUGGAGCAAUGGUCCCACACCAAAGGGAAGACCGUGUCUCCACGGUGGAGCGGCACGGGGCCAAACGGCGAGGCGGAAGACGCAGAGUUCCCCGGGCCGUUCUUCCAGAAGGAUCUGUUUGUGCUGGCCCUGGGCGCCUCCCAGAUGGAUCUGUUUGGCGAGGCCUGGCUGGAUGUCAUGGUGCGCGUCCACUGGCUCAAGGCGCGCUUCCUGGCCCUCCAGGGGGACAUGGAACAGGGCCUGGAGAGCUACGACGUGUGUACGAGUCUACUGCAGGGCAAAGCCAUCAGCCCCGAGGGGAGCCACUACACCAUCACCCUGCCCAACCUGCGCUCCGACGCGGUCAUCUCUGUCGAGGAGAUCGAGAAGAGGCUGAAGUCCCUGGAGCGCUGUCAGUCUCUGGAGGAGAUCCAGCGGCUCUUCGAGUCCGGCGACUACGACUCGGUGGUGCGCCUGCUGCAGCCCACCCUGCAGUACGGCAGCCGCGGGAAGACCCUGGAGCUGGUCACCUCCGCCCCGGAGAGGCCCGUGCAGCUGCUGCUGCUGAAGGACUCCCUGCUGAAGAGCCGAGACUUCCAGCAGUGUCUGCUGUGCGCGGAGCUGUCCCUCAGCGAGGCCCUGCAGCAGCUGGCGGCCGCCGACGCCUCGCCAUCCGCCAGGGAGGAGUGGCUGGCCGUCAUCACCCAGCUGCUGGCCGCCAUCGAGGUCUGCUUCGCCGAGGACGCCGCGCUGCUCGCCAACGUGCCGCGCUCCUCCAGCAUGGCGCGCCUCGCCAACAACCUCAUCCAGCUCAUCGACCUCAGCAUGAACAUCCCCGAGGACCCCAAGGAGCCCUUCUUCUCCUCGGUGUUGCCCUGGAUCCUCCUGCACCACCUCAUCAAGCACGAGGAGGCCGCCUUCCACUGCAUGCUGAGGAAGCACGUCCCCCUGGGGGACGAGGAAGACGAGUCGGACACGCCCAUGCUGCCGUCGUCUCUGAUGCUGCUGAGCACGGCGCACGAGUACCUGGGGCGCCGCUCCGGCUGCUGCACAUCGGACGGCGCGCUGCUCAAGUUCUUUGUCAGCGUUCUGGAGAAGGAGCUUGUGGCCUCGUCGAAGGACGACGCCCAUCCCUACAAAGAGGAGCUGGAGAUGGCCUUGGAGCAGUGCUUCUUCUGUCUCUAUGGUUACCCCAGCAAGAAGAGCAAGGCUCGCUACCUGGAGGACCACUCCUCUCCACAGGUGGAGCUGCUCUGGAGCAACGCCCUCUUCAUGUUCCAGUACUUCAAGCCCAAAACGCUGCCCGAGUUCGACAGCUACAAGACCAGCACGGUGUCGGCCGAACUGGCCAACCUGCUGCGCCGCUUCUCCGGCAUCGCCCCGCCCAGCGGCACGCCCACCCUCACCAUGGACGAGGUGGCGGCCUACAUCGAGGGCACCGCCACCAAGGCGCCGUGUCUUCCUGAGGGCGGGGCCCCGGCACCUCCCAUCGUAAACGAGAUAUUCUACCUGCUGGCCGACUACCACUUCAAGAACAAGGAGCAGUCCAAGGCCAUCAAGUUCUACAUGCAUGACAUCUGCGUGUGUCCCGACAGGUUCGACUCGUGGGCGGGCAUGGCUCUGGCGCGGGCCAGCCGCAUCCAGGAGAAGCUGAACUCCAACGAGCUGAAGAGUGACGGCCCCGUGUGGAAGCACGCCCAGGCCGUGCUGGGCUGCUUCCGGCGGGCCCUGGAGAUCGACGUGUCCAACCUGUCGCUGUGGAUCGAGUACGGCACCAUCUCCUACGCCUUGCACUCCUUCGCCUCGCGCCAGCUCAAGCAGUGGCGCACGGAGCUUCCCCAGGAGGUGGUGACACAGAUGGAGGACCGGAGGGACUCCAUGCUGGCGACGGCCUUCCAGUGUUUCCAGGGGGCGUCUCGGUGCGACGGGGACAGCGACGAGGAGGAGUGGCUGAUCCACUACAUGCUGGGCAAGAUGGCGGAGAAACGCAAGCAGCCCCCCAAAGAGUACCUGCAGCUCUACAAGAAGGCAGCGCACUAUUUGCACGAGGAGGCCGCGAGGUACCCGCGCAAAAUCCACUACCACAACCCCCCUGAUCUGGCCAUGGAGGCCCUGGAGUUGUACUUCCGUAUGAGCGCCACCAUCCUGAAGCUGCUGGAGGCCGGCGGCACAGACCCGGACCACCAGCUGUUCUUCAGCGUGCUGGUGGAGGGGGCCAUGGGGCCCUUCGCCAGGGGCGAGGAGAAGAGCAUGCCUAGCAUGCCCAGGACCAAUGAGAAGGAGAAGCCCCUCUCCGUCAUGGACGAGGACUCCCGCUGUUCGUCGACGAUGGGCGCCGGGGCCCCCGCCAGCGCCCCCGGCGCAGCGCCCGUACCCUCGCACACUGCCACCCCAGCCUCCUCUGACCAUGAUUACUGCCUGCCCAGAUCUUCAAUGAUGCUGGCUUCCCUGAAUGAGCGCAGCCACGACAGCGAGCUGGUGCUGGUGCUGUCCGACUCCAACUCCACCCAGGAUAUCUUCGCCGACCCCGCCUCCUCCCAGGACAGCAGCCUGAAGAUGAACUCUGGGAAGGUCAGCUCCUCCUCGUCGGAGAACAACACGCCCCUGAAGGAGACGAGGGCCACACCGGAGGACCCGGCCCCCCACGGAGAGAAGGGCCCGUUGGAAGGACCUCCGGGGGUCCUGCAGGAGAACCCCGUCCCCCAGGGCGUGGCGGACCCCGUGUGCGGCCCCCCGCCUGCUGCCGACACCUCGCCCCCCGGAGCCCCCGGACCCCCGGACCCCCCAGGGGUCCCAGCCGCCGUACCCCCCCACACGGAGCCCUGCCCCCAGCUCCCGCCUGCAGCCGUCGCCGUCACUCCUCCAAAGCAGGCCCUCCCCCAGCCGGCCGCCCCCCAGACCCCGGCCAGCGACAGCAAGAAGAAGCCGGACCCCCCUCCCCUGGAGGCGGUGGAGGUCCCCAAGGCCCUGCCGGCCGAGCCGGAGGAGCAGCGCCGCCUGCUGGUGGAGCUGUGCGUGCGCGCCCUCUUCCUCUGCCUGGGCCGCUUCCCGCAGCACUACAAGAGCCUGUACCGCCUGGCCUUCUUCUACUCCAACAGCAAGACCCAGCAGAACCUACAGUGGGCCCGAGAUGUGUUGCUAGGAAGCGGUGUCCCAUGGCAACAGCUCAAGCACAUGCCAGCACAAGGACUUUUCUGCGAGAGAAACAAGACCAACCUGUUCAAUGGCAUCUGGCGUAUCCCGGUGGAUGAGAUUGACCGGCCGGGCAGUUUUGCGUCUCAUAUGAACCGCUCCAUCGUCCUCUUGCUGGAGGUGCUGUCUCAGCUCAAGGACCACGACACGCUCCUCAAGGUGUCCUUCAUGCUCCAGAGGAACCCCGACCAGGGAAAGAAAUAUUUGCGAGAUGUGGAUCGGCAGGUUUUGGCCAAGAGUGCAUUUUUCCUCACUGUAAAGGUGCUGGAGGACAGCCUGGACAGCCUCACCGGGGUGACCGAGCAGCCGUCCAAUCCGUCCGCCCCCUCCAUGGGCGAGAUGACCACGGCAGACUCCGCCCUCCGGCCCAGCGCUGAGGACGGCCAACACACGCUGCCCAAGAAGCCCGGCCUCACCGAGGGCCCCUCCGACACGCGGCCCUGCGAGGCCCCCGGCCGGGCCCAGCUCGGGGCACUCCAGCCGGGCCCGGAAACCCCGGACAAGGCCCUGGAACCCAAGCCCGCGACGGCGGAGACCGCGCCCUCGUCCGAAGGCCCCGGGCCCCAGGGGCCGGAGGAGCCCAUGGAGAUGGACCCCGGCCACUGGAGGAGGCCCUCGGCUCUCACGGAGACGCAGAGCCACCCGCCGGGUCCCCAGGCCCCCAGGGCUGCGGCGGAGCCCGGGGAGAAGGCGACGGAGGCCAGCCGGACCGCGGACCUCUCCCUGGAGGAGCUGAGCAUCAGCUGCAGGCAGCAGCUGCUCCAGGCUCCGGGGGCCAAGGCCCCGGGGUCCAUGGCCUUGGCCCACGGAGGGCCCCUGGAGCAGGGUCUGCUGCGGAGGCCCAACAGGAAGAGGAAGCUCCUGGAAGACGUGGAGUCUGGUAAAACACUGCUGCUGGACGCCUACAGGGUGUGGCAGCAGGGCCAGAAGGUGAUGACCUACGACCUGGCGCGCAUCGAGAAGAUCAUGUCGGAGACGUACAUGCUCAUCAAACAGGUGGAUGAGGACGUAGCCUUGGACCAAGCUGUCAAGUUCUGCCAGUUUCAGUUGGCCACAUCUGCCCAGAGACAGUCUGCCUACGACGCCCCGACCACGCCCAAGUUCGCCAAGGACCACCGGGACCUCUUCUUCCCCGGGGCCCUGUCCUCGCCGCUCCCCCUUGGCCACGGGGCGUCCUACCACCCCCUGGGCGUCCAGGAGCUCCAGGCCAGGGCUCUGUACGAGCCCCCGGGCAAGGUGGCCCGGCCCCUGGCCCCGGGCUACCAGGACCAGCCUCUGCCCCGGAGGCCCCCCACCCACCAGGCGACGGCAGCAACCAUGGCCUUCCUGCCCCACACAGAAGAGGGCCGCGAGCCUUCCGAGGGCCCGUCGUACCGGCUCCAGGAGAGCCACCUGUGCCAGCGGAUGAAGAUGGCCACCGUGUCCCCGGGCCUGGACCCCGUCACGGGCUGGUUCCACGAGGAGCCCGCCCCCACCUGUAGCAGCACCACGGCCACCGGCACAGACCAGCAGCACCACUACCCUGGCCUGGACCCCUCCAGGCUGGUGGACCCCUCCAGGCUGGUGGACCCCUCCAGGCUGGCGGACCCCUCCAGGCUGGUGGACCCCACCCGGGUCCGCUCUCGGAUCCCUCCCAACAUGCCAAAGCUCUUCAUCCCGUCCACCGUCACCAAGUUCCCCCCCGAGAUCACGGUCACGCCGCCCACACCCACUCUGCUCUCCCCCAAGGGCAGCAUCUCGGAGGAGACCAAGCAGAGGCUGAAGAACGUGAUCCUGUCGUCGCAGUCGGCGGCCACGGUGAAGAAGGACUCCCUGAGCCAGCCCGUACUAGAGGUACAGGAGACCUCCAGCCAGGAGUCGUCGCUGGAGAGCGAGUCAGAGGAGGAGGAGGAGGACGACGAAGAUGAAGAGGGGGAAGACGACUACAUGGAUAUUUGAACAGAAGACGCGCACACACACACACAGACGCACGGACACACAGACACACAUGCACGGACACACACACAUGCAGACACAGACACACAAUGCACAGACACACACACAUGCACAUGCAUACACACACAGACAUGAACACACACACACACACACACACACCUGGCGUUGGCCACCCCCCACAUGAUGCUGCACAUUGUCUAUGCGAUGUCAUUCUGGCAGUGUUGCGUACUCAUAGGAAACCCUAAACCUGAGCUAUAUAUCACGUGCACGCACGGAGUCUUGACAGCAGAAGUCGGUGCACGCAGUCCUGUGCAUUAGUCACACUACGACUCCGCUACCUACUAGCGCUUCAUUUCUGCUUCCCUUCUAAAUGAAACACACAGCCAAGCACUAUUAGAGGACGGGCUGAUCCAUCUGGACACACACACACA